UUGAUAUUUGUUGAUUCAUGAACAAGUCAAAUCUAUCAAUCUCCCCUGAAGAUAGCUUGCUUCCUAUUGCUAGCAUUCUGUUCUGCAUCGUUCACAUCCAGUUGGAAGCAAGCAUCAGGAAUGGAGAUAUUCAGGGGUUUCAACUAUUCAGGAAUGUCACAGAUCAAUUCUCAUCAAAGAAAGGCCAUUUGAAUCACCAUCAAGAAAUUUCUAAGCAGGGAAUGGCUAAAGAUAACAAGAACUUGCCAUCUACCCAAGAUCAUUUGAGAGAUAUUGGGGAUUGGAAAGAUACUCAAAGGCCAUUACAAUCUCAUCAACCCUUGAGUGAGGACUUAAAUGAUGAUGAAGAAGAAGAGAGAAGCAAACACUAACUAGGAAGCGCAUAGAUUUUUAAAUUACCAUUUACCAACUAUGUAUAAACUGAUGCUGGUGCUGUUUAGCUGUUUGAUUAGGAUUGGCGUAAAACUAUUGCAAUCAAUGUCUUGAUGUUGUUCUGUUAUGAACUUAUGAUGCCCCCUCUCUUUAUUUAGUUACAUGUAUUCAUAAUUGACGAUAUGGGUAGUUCUUUUUACUAUGGUAUAUAUGUAGUUGUCAUCUAUCUAUCUAUUAAUC